UAGGCUGCUCCGGCAGCAGCAGCAGCAGCAGCAGCAGCAGCAGCAUCAUCGAGUCGUCGUUGCGGCAGUUCUUCUGGCGAGAUCGAUCGGACAAGUGAGCAAGCGAGCGAGAGGAGGAGCAGGUAGCCGCAGAGUCGUGGGCGCAAGCUCGCAAAAGUGUUUUUUCGCAGCGCGAGCAGCAGCUGCAGCCCGACGAGCGAGAGGGCUCCGGGGCCCGAGCAACAGCUGCUGCAGAAUCGUCGCCAGGAGGAGGAGGAGGAGGAGGUGGGCGCGAUGCCGGAGGCCUCGAGCUCGGGCGGCAUGCUCGACGACCCGGACAACUCGACCUUCGAGAACAAGAGCGGCCUGGCCGAGGACAUGAAGUUCCUCGCCCGGAUGCCCGAGCUCUGCGACGUCACCUUCCUCGUCGGGGACACGCGCGAGCCGGUCUGCGCGGUCAAGGCUGUCCUAGCCGCCAGGAGCAAGGUCUUCCACAAGAUGCUGUACCAGGCGCCGAGUCCGCAGCGCAAGAAGGAGCCGCCCAAGGAGAACAAGCUCAAGAUUUUCCUCAAGCGCAGCUCCGAGCCCAUCCUCAACCUGCAGAACGCCGCGCAACAGCGGUCAGGGUUCACGCAGCAGCUGGCUCCCAUUCAAGAGCCGCAGUCCCACCAGCACCACACUCUCAUCAUCGAGGAAUUCGAGCCGGACGUGUUCCGCCAGCUGAUCGAGUACAUCCACACGGGAUGCGUCACCCUUCAGCCUCGCACUCUGCUGGGAGUGAUGAACGCCGCGGACUACUACGGGCUGGACGAGCUGCGGCGUGCCUGCGCUGGAUUCGUCCAGUGCUGCAUCACCGUAGACACGGUCUGCGCGUUGCUGGCCUCGGCUGAGCGGUACAUCCAGUACAAGUGCACCAAGUCGCUCGUGCAGAAGGUUUUGGAGUUCGUCGACGAGCACGGCAACGAGGUGCUGAAUCUGGGCUCCUUCACGCUCCUGCCUCAGCACGUGGUGCGCCUGAUCCUGGCGAGGGACGAGCUGCGCGCCGACGAGUUCACCAAGUUCCAGGCCGCGCUGAUGUGGAGCAAAAAGUGCUGCGACACCAACGCCAACGUGAACCUUAAGGACGUGAUCGCAAACUUCCUCGAGUACAUCCAGUUCCACAAGAUCCCGGCUAACGUGCUGAUGCACGAGGUCCACCCCCUGGGACUGGUGCCCAACACCAUAAUCGUCAACGCUCUGGCCUAUCAGGCAGACCCAACCAGUGUCGACCCCGGGCAGCUCUCCCCCCACCGAGUGAGGCGUCAAGGUCGCAGCAUGUCGGUCCAGUCGUCGCUGGACCCCUACGGCAGCAACAUGACCCUCAACUCGCUGGGCAGCGACGCCGGCUCCGGGAGCGAUCACCGUCAGCACUCGGGCAGCAACUGCAGCGGCCAGCAGUCCUACCGGCCUCACUCGCACCACGCGUCCUCCGGCUCGGGCGCCGAGUCGAUCAGCAUCGAGGAGGAGCCCCGGGAGCUCGAGCAGCAGCAGCAACAGCACCAGACCCGUCGCAGGCGUCACCGCCAGCAGAAGCGCCAGAUACUCGUCCAGGCGGACGUCGAGGUCGUCACCUCGCCGCCCAGUCCCGUGGCUCCUCCCGCCGUUCCCGUCGUCGCCGGCGAGCUCGCCCAGCAACAGCAGCAGCAGACUCAGCCUGGUACCGAGCAGCAAUCGGCUGCCGGUCAGAGCGGACUCUACAUCCGGAUGGUGCUCAGGCAGGAGGGACGACUCGCUAACCUCGUCUGGCUCUACAAGACGCACAAUCGUCCCGAAACUCGAACGACCUACUUCCUCAAACCUGGACAGACCCUCCAGAACACGAAAGUCUCCGAAAGAUCUCUGGCCUUGAUACUCCCGCAAAGUUCGUUCGAGCGUUUCACCGAUUACGCCAAGGAAAAUGAAAGAGUCGCACUGCUCGCGGAACGCGAGGCCAAGAGACUGGCUGCCCUCAAAGAGGCUACUUACAACAUGUCAAAAUCGUGGGAGGGCACAGCCAAGAACAUACAGAAACGCCGCAGGGAAGAGCUUCUCUCUCGGAAAAAGAACGAGGAAGCUGACAGGCUGAAGUUUAUGAAGGAGCUAGCCGCGAAAAACGCGGAGGAACGCGCGGAAAUCCUAAGACAGGCCGAAGAGCUGAUCCUCUACAGGAAGCCCCAGUGCAGGAUAAUAAAUCAAGCUCUGCUGACCGCCGAGUGCUUGCGAGAGUUGGAGGAACAGGUGAAGUUUCAACACUCCCUCAAAGACGUGAAUAAAAAGCUCAGCGAGGAGCAAGCUCGCUGGGUCAUGGAGGACGUCGCGAAGUUUCGCGAGGAGGAGAAGAAAAAGCACCAUGAGAGACUGAACAAGAUUAGAGUGAACAAGGAAAACCUCGAGAAACAGAUGGAGCAAAAUAAACAAGAUUUAAAGAGGAUCGAAGAAUCCAUCAGGAAAGCAGAGACGGAAGAUUUGCAGAACAUGUCGAAGGAAAUAGACGAGAUAAAGCAGAACGAGUUGCAGGAGGCGCUGAGAAAGAAGGAGACCCUGAGAAAAAUGUUCCUCGAGAACAUCGAAGAAAGAAGGCAGGCCGAACUGAAGGCUCGGCAAGACAACGAGUUUCAGGAAAAAAGCCUGAAAAUCUAUCGCGAAUUCAAGCACGAAAUGGAGAAGACGGCCAAGCAAAAAGCGAAAAUCGCGAAGGAGGAAAGAGCCCGCAAAAUAGAGCAACUAGCGAAAAAGAUCGCCGUGACACUGCAGAAGAAAGACCGGAUAGUAGAGAAACAGGAGAGGAAAAAAGCCGAGUCGGACAAGCAGCUGGAGGAGCAGCGCGAGCGGGAGGAACUGGAGAGUAAGAGGAAGAAGGAAAAAGCUCGCCAGGAGCUUGAACAGCAGUUGAGGAGCAUCGAGGAGGAGCAGGCGACGCGAAAGAAGGAGGAGGCCGAGAUGAGGCUUUGGGAGAUGCUGCAGAGGUACAAGAGGGACGAGUUCAAUAAGGAGUGGAACCGGCAACACGAGGAGGAGGAGAAGAAGAGGCGCUUGGAGUACGGGAAGAUGCUCAAGAAGCAGAUGGCGCAAAGAGACGCCGCGAGUCGGAGGGAGAAGCUCGAGGCUGACGAUUCCGUGGAGGUAAAGGAGAUGAUCAACAAGGUCAACGAGAGGGUCUUGGCUUACGGCGAGCAGGUUCUGCAGGAGUCGAGAGGUGUUCGGCCGACAUUUCCCAUUGAGAAGGCCAUCGAGAAAUUCAAGAGAGAGGUGGGUCUGGUACCGCGGUUCAAGAAACGCGACCCCAACGUCGAGGUUUCGACGAUUUCAAAGAAAAGACGCCAACGUCGAGCGAUUUGCCCGAAGCCAGUCGACGAGGCGAAUGCUCUUUGUCUUGGCUAAAUCAAGAAAAAAAGUUGAACGUAACGCUUGUAUACAUAUCCAUAAAUUUUACAAUAAACACUUCCACAAAGUAUCCCAAAGCCGUAUGCGAAA